UUUUUUGUGUGGUUGUUUAUGAGUGUGUACAGUUUGAGAAGUUCAUGGUUGUCGCUUAAGAACGAAGAAAUGGCUUUUCACAUACAACUUGUGACAAGUACGAUACUCUACGCCUUUGCUUUCUUAAGUUGUAUUGUAACAAUUUUAAGUUUGCUUAUAGCAAAGGCUAUAGUUCAUCAGAAAUGCUUAUUGUUUGUGCAAAUCUCGUCCACCACAUACCAACCAGAAAAAGCUGUUGAUACAACCUGUGAUUUCACAUUGUACUUUACAAUAUUUCCGCUUGUGUACGGGCUGGUCAUGGCCCUGUAUCAUGGAUAUGCCUUCAUUGUGUCCAGGCGAGAAGAACACGUGGCCCGGACAAUGUGGGUGAUGCCCUGGGUUUUACUGGACUCCUUGGUCAUUGUUUUGGGUUUCAUCUCAUCCUGUAUGUACAGUAUUGGAUUUAGUCAAACCUGUUCUAAUCUCCACAAAGACUUACCCAGUAAAAGUUGUAAAGAGACCUUCUCUACCAUGGACUGGAAUACAGAUAACUCCCACAGCAGCAAGCUUUACAGCCUCAUGGCUGUAGUAGAGGCUGCUACCUGGUUGAAUGUCCUCUUAUGGAUCGGAGCCUUAGGUUUGAUGUUACUGAGGGUUUAUAGAAACCGACGAGCAAGAGCAGCCACCUCUGUUUUCAACGAUUCGUCAACUUCAGACAAACGCAACAUCACAGAACUACCUUCCACUGCUUGAAGGCAUUUCAUUAUCUCUUGAUUCUUGAGUUAUUUCUUCAAUUUGUUUUCUACUGGAACAUCACUAUAUUGCUUUCGAAAGUAUGACUUAAGCGCUUUAAGCAACUGGAACUAAAAUUUAUAAAUCAUAUUAUUGGAAAUUAUCCAUAGGUUAGGACAAUGCUAUUGAUUGUGUUUUCUGUAACCAAAAGCUUUUUCUUCUAUUUAUAUAUUAACCUGUAUAAAGAAGUUACAAUAAUGCCCAUUUGUAUGAUAAUCUAAAAUUAAAAUACUGAUGAGUUGGAAAGUUUUGUUUCAAAGAGGC